UUUAUUUAGAAUAUGAUAAAAGCAUUGUCAAGACUUAACGAGAUAUCAUCCCUACUCCUCAGAGAGAAUGAUAGAACCCAGUCAUCAGUUCGAGAAAUACCAGCUGAGAUACGUAGUAUACUGGACUCGGAGAUGGAGGAGCUCAAGAACAUAUUGAAGGAACAGAACAGGAGUGUGUCCAGAACUCUUCAACAGGCAAUCAGAGAUGAAGACCGAGGGGGUUUAGGUUCAGACACGGAAAUUGUUAUUCUCCAAGCCCUGGCCAAGCUCAACCAAAUAUCAGGAGUUUUACUCAGGGAGCAGGAGAAGACAGAGAGACAAACUUCUUCUGCUCUAAGAGCACUUCCAGCCCUGGCACAAUUUAUUCAAGCUGAGACAGCUGAUAUCAAAGAGCUGAUCUCUAAACCUGACACGAGCAAUAGCGAGGAGUUUACUCUGCUUCAAGAUUCUGUUAGGCAAAGUUUAGCCAACGAUAAACUAAUCACACGAGCAAUCAUUAAACUAAACGAUAUUACUCAACUUCUUCUCAAGGAUGUAAACUUUACAACAGCUGCGGUGACAAAUAAACUGCCCGCAGCCCUAACUGCUCUAAUAACCUCGGAAACCACCAAGAUUAAGGAGAUGAUAGAGGCUCAGAACAUUGCUGUCAUAGGUAUACUCAGAGAAGAGGAGAAUCUUGCUAAAGCAGAGAAAAUAAAUGACGAGAAUAGGAAUAUUGAAAAAGCGCUGAAAGAUGGUGUUGAUCCCAAAGCUGCCAAAUCUCUGAAAGACAGGUUUCUAGAAGUAUUGGCUCCGAUCAUUGAGAAGAAAUCAGAUCAAGUAGAAUCCAGGACAGAUGACGAACAAAUAGAUUCACUUCUCCUCGCACUUACUCCGCUCUUAGAUCAACGAAGAAAGCAAGAAGAGGAAGAAGAAGUCAAAGAAGAGAAAGAAGAAGAAGAUACAACAGAACUAAAAGCUGAGUUGAAUGGACAGAAAUCUAUAGUUCAGGCUUUACUAAGGCUGACAAACAUUACUAAAACUUUACUGGAGGAGAAAGAGGAAGAAGUGAGAAUAGAUGAAGAGAAAGAAGAAGAAGAAGCUGAAGAAGAAGAUAAAAAUAAGAGAGAUAAAGAAAGAAGAAACUGCGCAGAAAAAGAUAGAUCGCCCGCUAGCCUGCGAGUGAUAGAUUAUGAGGAUUACAACAAUGGGUUUAGGAAUGAUUUCUACGAUGACAGAAACUAUAGGAGUCGACCCCGAACACUUAUAGAGCGUGUAGCCAGUAGUUCAGGUAGUAGAGGGCUCAGGGGAAAUCAGGCACUUUUUGAGGAGUUUGUUAAGCUUGCCAUAGAGAGACAAAGGUGGGACCAAGCAGCUGAUGUCCAUGAUAUCAUACAAAAAACUCUGACAACACCUGCUCCAGAGUUUGAUGACUAUGAUGAUUAUGAUGAAUAUUUAGAUGAUAUCAAGGUCCAAAGAAACCAUCCUAAAAAGAACAAAAAUAAGUCAAUUGACACAGAUGAAUCAAGAUCAGCAGAGACGAUACGGAAUCAAAGUAGCAACCUUGACUCCCUAGAGGAGUAUGAUGAAGAGAUUGUCCCUGGUGGCAAGAAACUGAUCAGAUCUGAGAACCUGAGACCUCAGGGCAGUAAACUCUCAAAAUCUGGAAAUAGAAAUAAUAUUUCUAAAUCCAAGCAUAAAAACACAAGGAAACAUCGACCUGGUAAAACUCAAAAGGUUGAAAUGAAAGAACCUGUGGAAAAACCUAUUAAGGAAGAAUUUCCUGAGGAUAAAGAUAUUACUGAAGAAUACUAUGCUUAUGAAGAAGAAGAUGGGGAAGAGGCAGCAUAUGAGGAGGAUUAUAUGGAAGAACCUCCAAGAACCACAGUUCAAUCAACAACCACUUCUACAACUACAAAAAGACCUAGACCAACAAGGCCAAGAAAGGCUUCAACAACAGCUAGAACAACAACAACACGUCAUACAACAACAGAAGCAACAACAACUCUUCGUACAGCGACCGAGGAACCAUUUUAUGAGGAAGAAUUUGAAAAUACCAAUGAGUUUGAAAUUGCUGAAAACCCUGUAAAUGAUGAAAUCCCCAAUAAUGAAAACUUACCACCACGAGAAAUACAAGAUGGCCGACAACAACAAGAAGUGAAUGAGCGUCUCAAAGACUUAUUUCAAUCUAGAAACAAUGAACUUCAAAACCAGGAGUCGUCUUCCUUCAAAUCUAAUAUUCAGCCUGAAUCCGAGGAUGAAGAUCUUGAGUCCAGAGCUAGAAAUGAGGAUGAAGACGACCGUGAAGAAUCAAGAACAGGAUUCCAGAAUGUAAACACAAGAAACUCCUUCAACCGAAAUCAGAACAUAAAACUGAAUAUGGAUCCUAGAAAAACAUUUCCCCGCCGACCAUUCUUUCAAGGCAGACGAUCAAACACAGAAGUGCCUGAAUCCAAAUAUCAAGAUGAAAAUCAAGAUGAAAAUCAAGAUGAAAAUCAAGAUGAAAAUCAAGAUGAAAUUCACGAUGAAAAUCAAGAUACAAAUCAAGAUGAAAAUGAACCUUCACCUUCCAACGGAAGUAUAGACAACAAUGAAAGUACUACUCCUGGCAUAGAACCUGAAGUCCUUGAAGUUACCUCUCCCCGUGCUACUCUAGAACCUGUUACUAUAUCUCCUACCCUGAGAACAGUUGAGCUUGUACCUGAACCAACCAGUCCUGAUCCUGUAGUAUUCCUCGCUAGCCUUGUAAACAAGAUGAAUAAAGGUUUAGAUAAACUAAACUCAGGAGACACUGGUAACAUUGAAAGCCUUGAAAUGAAGAAGAUUGUAGCUGUUGAGCAGGAAAUAGAAACUGAAACCAGAGAAGCUGAAGAACAGCCUCCAGCAAGUUCUCUGGUACAGCUCUUUCAAAAGAACAGAAAGCGAACUUUCGGGGUUCCACGCCGACCUAGUUUGACCGCCAAGGUGUCCGACAAUAUUAGAGGUUUGGAGGAAUCUAGUUCAGACACAAAUCAAGAAAAUGUCAAGGAUGUGAAAUCUGAAGAAACUACUGACAAGGUUGAAGGUGCUGAGGAGAAAAGGAUUGAUGAAGAUAUAACAAAUAUUGUUCCUGUUGAAGAAUCACGGUCUAGGUUUGGUUUACCAAGACCAACCAGAAGGAAGAAUAUAUUUACUAAAGGGCCGUCCACCCCGGAUACAACUACUUCUCCUGGAGUUCUAAUCAUUGAAGAGGUCACCACAAGGAAACCUAAUUUCAUCAGACCAAGACCUGUUUUCAGGCCUAAACCUGAACUAAAAAAUGAAAUAGAAAAGAAGGUUGAAGACUUUGGAGAUGUAACUUCUUCAAAUACUUUAAGUUCUCCAUCAACCUCCAAUACUACAGAAACACGUACUAUAAACAAAGACGAACUCCCCAGUUCUUCAAGUAUGUCUCCCCUAGAGAGUCUGUUUAGAAUAGCAAGCAACAAAAAUAAGGAGAGUUUAGUUGAUGUUUCAACUUUAUCCUCUACUAAUCGAAAAUCCGAACCAACUGGAAUUAGAAAAAAGAAGAAAAAACUCCUAACUAAUAGAAAUCUUCUUCAGCUGUCUCCACAAGAACGAAUGGUUCAAAAAGUUCAAGAAACACUAAAUCAAAAUAAUUCUAGUCCUUAUACACCAGUAGAUGAUACUGAAUCUAGAUCUAAUUCACCAGUAGACACCGAACCUACAGAUGUUACUGAACGAACUCUUAAAAAGAUUUUACGUCGAAAGAAGAAGGAUCGAGAAGGGAAACUGUUUAGCGACGAAGUUUUUCUGACCCGUAAAAAAGUUCGGAUCCGAAGACCUGUGAAUAGUCCAGACUUUCCUAUUGUUUACAAAUAAUCGGCGGUGUACUGCAGAUUUUAUAUAAAACAAUUUUUUAGGUGAUAUUUGCUCUUGGUGCUCAACUUUAUUUAGUAUUGUUAUAAAUUGUUAAUGUUUAUAUAAUUGUAUAAUGUUCAAAAUAUAUUUGUUUUCUUUAGAAAAA